AUGGCGGUGCAGGUAGUGCAGGCAGUGCAAGCGGUCCAUCUGGAGUCGGACGCCUUCCUCGUGUGUCUCAACCACGCUCUGAGCACGGAGAAGGAAGAGGUGAUGGGGCUGUGCACUGGGGAGGUUGACACCGUCAGAACUGUUCACAUUCAUUCUAUCAUCAUCCUGCGACGUUCCGAUAAGAGGAAGGAUCGCGUGGAAAUUUCUCCAGAGCAGCUGUCUGCGGCCUCAACAGAGGCAGAGAGGUUGGCUGAACUGACGGGUCGCCCCAUGAGAGUUGUGGGUUGGUAUCACUCCCAUCCCCAUAUAACUGUUUGGCCUUCACAUGUUGAUGUCCGCACACAAGCCAUGUACCAGACAGAUGAUGGAUCAAGGCUUUGUAGGACUUAUAUUUUCCUGCUUCAUAGAAGAUAA